CGCACACAUAAACACGCGCACAGAUAAACGCGCACGCACACAAACACGCACCGGCUCCCGGAGGAGAAGAUGCGGCUGGAAAACAACGCCUGCAUCUGAGCGCGACGAGGACCAGCCCGGCCGAGCAGGAGGUGCGGGACCCACCCAUCCUCCUCCUCCUCCCUAAAAAAGAAAAAAAAAGGCACAUCUAAAGACCGGGAAGAAGUUCCUAUGUUGUAACAAUCCCCUUUGCAGCCGGACAGGACCAGAGAGGACGGCUGCCCGGUUAGGGAUGUGCUAGAGGCUGACAGGGAGGCAGAGGCAAAACUUGAAGAUAACAAACCAGCCCUCGGGAGGACAGGACACCCCCAGGCCUGAGCCCUGCUGUGGCAGGAGGGAGGCAGGAUCCUUCCCUCUCCCCUUCCCCCCACCCCUCUCUGGGCACGGCACCCCCACCCCGGGGGCACAGCCCCUGCCCGCGCCUGCCCUCCCGCCCCUCCCCGGUCCGGCCGGGAUCCGCGGUCCUGACGGAGCCAAGAAAGGGAUUUCCCAGGCACCGGCACCGGAGAGCUGGCCCUGGGUUUGUUAUUUACUCUUAUCCCCUGGCGCUCGCUGUGCGAAGCAAAUCCCUUGGAGGUGGGGGAGAAGUGGCUGCCGUGACAGCGGAGGGAGGAGGGAAAUCAAAUUAAAAAAAAAAAAGAAACCGAAAUUAAUAAAAUAAAAUAAAAAAAAAAAAAAAGAGAGGGAAGAGCCAAGAACGCACUUGCUUCUCAUCAUCUCUCAAGGAGGAAACGCCAACUCUGCUCUUCUUAUGCCCCUGCGCUGCAGGGAGCGAAGGGAAGGAAGGUACCGGGGCAGCCCGAACAAAGCCGGGCUGGGCGGCCCGGAGCCCACCUCGCAGGCUGCGGGAGGGGCGGGGGGUCGGGAAGGUGGCCAGGAAGGAUCCAGGCAAAGCCAAAAAGGAAGCUUCACGAAAGGCGAGGAGCAGAAAUGAAAGUUUCGAAAUAGCAUCCGAACAACCGCAAAGGACCGGACCGCCGGGAGCUCCUCGCCUCGCAUCAGCCCUCGCUGGUGCGUUCGAGGGGCUGCGUCAGGGAUGUGAGCGUCCCCGGCCCGCUGCAUGGAGAGGGGGAAAGAGGCAGAAAUCCCUCGUUAUUUAUUUAUUUAUUGGAAGCAAUGUACGGCUGACACCCAGAAGGCAUCCGAGUCCUGAAAAAAAAAAAAAAAAAUUAAAAAAUCAACCCCCAAACAAACAAAAAAACCCAACCAAACCACCCACCUCUGGACCCAAACGAGAAGAAGAAUGAGGCAGCAGCUUUGACCCCUACACUGAGAGGAAGGUGAGCAGAAAGAAAGAAAGAAAGGAAAUACAGAAAAGCCAUGCAAGCACCAAACCUGUAGAUUACUGCAGCAGCUCUUUUUUGCUUCACUGAGGACAGAUAUUUUACAGACAGCCAUGCAGCAUAAAGGCAUUAUGCUGAUUUUCUUCUUGGAAUAUUUUCUUUCUGGUCAUGCAGAAGCAGAGCCCACGAGGCUACGAUCCUUCCGCUGCAACGGCCGCUCUUGCAACCCUCCAGUGGGAAACCUUGCAAGAGGGAGGAUACCAGUCACUCUCACCACGUGUGGCCAGAACAGUACAGAACUGUACUGCUUCUACCCAGACCAGAAUCUCCUCCAUCAGGUCUCCCCUGGCUGUGGGCAGCCUCGCUGCACCAAAUGCAAUGCCAACCAGCCUGAUAACUCCCAUCUCCCUGCUGACAUGACAGACGAUUUCUUUGCAAAUCCCAUCUCCUGGUGGCAGUCUGCCCAAGGGGUACACAGGGAAGAAAUCAGACUGGACUUUGAAACAGAAUUCUACCUGACCCAUGUCAUUGCUGUGUUCAAGUCACCUCGCCCAGCUGCCAUGGUGUUGGAAAGAUCCCAGGACUAUGGGCAGACUUGGAGGCCCUACAAGUAUUUCUCUGUCAACUGUACAGCGACUUUUGGGCUCCAGGAUGAUCUCAUUGAGGAGGGCUCCAUGUGCACUUCCAGGUAUUCAGAUGCAGUGCCCUGCACCAGAGGAGAGGUGAUUUAUCGUGCCUUAAGUCCGGCUAACAAGAUCGAAGACCCCUAUAGUCCUGAGGCUCAAGAUCUCCUGAAACUCACCAACCUCCGCCUCCUUUUGUUAAAAAGACAGGAAUGUCCAUGCCAUGGUUCAGGAUUGGUAGAGAAGCCUCAGAGAUUUGCCCACUAUGCUAUUUAUGACCUGAUCAUCCGGGGCAGCUGCUUUUGCAAUGGGCAUGCAGAGGAAUGUGAGCUUGCCAACAGGACAGGAGUCAUCGAGAACAUGGUCUAUGGGAAGUGUGUAUGUAGACACAACACAGCAGGGGACCACUGUGAAAAAUGUGCACCCCUAUACAAUGAUCAGCCUUGGAAGCCAGGAGAUGGGAAAACAGGGGCACCAAAUGAAUGCAGAAAGUGUCGCUGUCACAACCAUGCUGACAGCUGCCAUUUUGACCUGAGUGUCUGGCUGGCAUCAGGAAAGAGCAGUGGUGGAGUCUGUGACAACUGCAAGCACAACACGGAGGGACAUCGGUGUCAGAGGUGCAAACCGGGGUAUUACCGAGACCAAGGGAAGCCCAUGUCUUCUCCUGAGGUCUGCAAACCUUGCUCCUGCCAGCCGAUGGGUUCAGCCAAUGCAACUUUCAGCAGAAGCUGGCGAUGCCACCCCAAGACUGGAUUCUGCUACUGCAAGCCAGGUGUGGCAGGUCCCAGCUGUGACAGAUGUCUCAUGGGCUACUGGGGUUUUGGAGAAAACGGCUGUCGCCCUUGUGACUGUGCCAGAGACUGCGACCAGCAUACUGGAAUCUGUUUCACUGGCUAUGACAAUGAGCCAUUCUUUAACAUCCCCAUUGGGGGACGAAUCCCUGACCUUGUGCAACUGCCAACCAACGAGAGUGAGGAGGAGUGGAAAUGGAAUGACCAUGAGCAGGGAUUUUCUGCACUGAGGCACCCAGAAAAGUGUGUGUGCAAAGAAAAGGUGCUUGGAAGUGUCACUGACUUCUGCCAAAUGAAAUAUGCUUAUGUGAUAAAAGCAAGAAUCCUAUCAGCUCAUGACAAAGGGACCCACGCAGAAGUUGUUGUGAAGGUGAAGAAGGUUCUGAAAGCAGGCAAAGUGAAAAUUGCUCGAAGCAACAGAAGCAUUUACCCAGAAUCUUGGACCAACAGGGGAUGUACUUGUCCCAUUCUCAAUCCAGGUACUGACUAUCUUAUAGCAGGCCAGGAGGACUCUAGGACCAGCAGACUCCUUGUGAAUAUGAACAGCCUGGUGAAACCCUGGAAAGCAUAUUUGGGAAAACAAGUUUCAGACAUUCUUCGAACUGGGUGCAAAUAAUUUCUGCUUCAGAAGUUACAGUACUGAACUUUGCCUUUAGUAAUACUGAAGUGAAGGUGUAGUUAGUUCAUGCAUUCCCAUUCAACAUGCUCCUUGCUGAAGCGAUGAAAGCGGACUUACCAUCCUUUCUCCUUCCAUGUGCUUAGACAGGAAACUUGGGACAUGACUACUUUAAAAAAAAAAAAAAUGCACUGCCUUAUCAUACAAAAUUAACUGGUGCAUCAUAUGUAGGUUUCAAGUCAGUUUUGAGCCUGAUGCCAUGCAGCCAGAAAAUAAUUUUACAAGGCAAAACUAAAGAUAUGGAUUAGUUUUUCCAUACUUCAGGUGAGAUCCUGGUAUUAAUAUGUAAGCUGCUUACAUCAUGCAUUCAUGCAUGUGUAGUUUUCUUUAUAAGUGACCACUAACAGGCAGCAGGUUCUUCCAGCUUUACAAGCAGCAUAAUACUAAACAAGCAUGUCAACACUGAUUUAAAAGAGCUCAUAUUGAUAUAACAUCAGACUGCAAUUAUGCCAAUACAGGGAGCUGCUUUCAAGAAGGCCACAUUAUCCCACUGCUGAACAGAAAAAAAACUAAUAUAUGACAUCUUGGGAUAAGGUUCUUUAUAGCCAUAGGUUGCUAGCAUCAGUGCUGAGGUCUGCUGCAGAAAGAACCUUGGCUCAAACUUGAUUCUAAAUCCAAACCCUGCUCUCCAAGGUAAUUUUGUCUUUGCUGUAGUAGUUCAGUCUGUAACAGCACAAAGGUUUCACAGUGAUUACCACUCAAAAGCCUUAUGCUAGGAAAGAGCCCAAACAUGUGAGGAAUUAGUAGCUGCUUUAAUGUUGAGAUUGUAAGACCACAAAAGCUACAAGGCAGAAGCAGGAGUAAGCAAAUGGAUUGGCUGGACUGUGUGUUAAACGGGGUAACUAUAGUUACUGUGAGAACAACCUGGCUAUUCAAACUGUGUUCAAGACCACUGGCAUUUGACUGCACUUAGCAUUCUCAUUCUGCUUCAUUUCUCUUGGUCACACUUCAGGUCAAGAUACUGAAGCAAGGAUUCCCUCCCAUUGUGCCUGGGCAUUAUUUUUCCCUCCACAGAAGCACAGGAGUGGUAACAUCUGCACACUAUGUAAAAAUAGUUCCAUUCUGCAAAGCAGUCUUUCUAAAUCAAUUUUACCCUACCCUAUAGUAAUUAAGAGGUAGCAAUUUAAAUCACUGCCUAACACAGUAUUUUGAGGAAAUAGUAGUUUCAGAACUGUGUCUCCUGUUUAAGGACUCAAGAUCAAAUGAAGCUGGUUGGAGCACAUACCCUCAUCGAAUAAAGGAGAAAUUGCAAUUAGUCAGUCUAUUCUUUCAGGGGGUUACAGAGAAAAAAGCAGGCACACAGGCUACUUCUAGUCCAUGUCUAUACACUUUUAAUGGUCUCAGGAAGGAGCAGAUAUCUUCAUUUCGUAAUGUCUGACUUGCAUAUGGACUAUUUAGAGAAACCUAAUGCUAACACAGAAGGAUGGAAGUCCCAGUCUAGAACUUAGGCCAUUGAUUUGCUCUCUGUAUCACUGGGAACCUGAAAAACCAGCUUCUUUCAUUCUAUUUGUUGCUGUUUUCCAUUUAACUUCACAUUGGUUCAACAGCAGAAAAAUCCUCAGCUCAUUUGGAAAUGGAUGACAGGCAAGAUAUUUACAAAAUAAAAGCCCUACUUUUCUCCUAACAGUGCAUAAACAGUGUUUCCUCCUCCUCCCUUUUCAGAAAGUCUCCCCUCCUCCAUUGCCAUUGCUUUCCCUCUUUCACUGCAUUAUUUAUUUGUUGUCACCUAAAGUGGUAUCCAACAAUGUGGCAUCCCCAACAGGCCAUUUAAUUAAUGCAAUAAAACACCUUUUAAUCAAGGAAUUUGGCUUAAUUUGAAAUGUCAGCUUACAGAAAUCAAAGAGCAUGGAAACUGCUUUCCUUACUGUCUCCAGAAAUGUCUCACAACAAAGAAACUGACUAGUUCUCUUUCAAGUAUCAAUGUAAAUAAAGACGUGUACAUGAAUUUAGUCUGUUCUCAAAGGGCCUCUCAGAAUAAAUGAACAUCAAGUGUAGGUUUAGAAUUAAGUUAAGGAACACACUUUUCAACACAGGCCAUUUAACCUUCAGGGGAUCAUAUUUAAUUAUGAUCAUAUUCCAUUUUGGUUCAUACGCAGAACAGUGUUAAAGCAAACUCUCACAUUCCACUUUAGCAUGAGUUAAUACUGCAAGCUGUCUUUAUUGGUGUCACCAAUUCUGCUAAUCAGGUAUCCGAGUUCACAGAGUAGAAAAAUAAAAUCAAGUUCCACUCACACAGGGCUGCCAUGUGCAAUCUCACUGUUCUGCAGUGCUAUAAGCCAGGUAGCCUGUCUGAAAAGAAUUAUCUAAUAGAAGUGAAUGGUACAGAUGAAGUUGAAACAGCUUUUGAUUAAAGAGAUGAGAAAGUUUAAAUGGAUCACUAUGAGUCUUUGGAAAGGAAAAGUUAUUUUCUUCUGUACCAAUACCUGAAAUGACAAUGAGCAUCAGACAGUACAAGAUGACAACUGUCUUCCUAGUAGAAGCUGUUACAUAUUCCUCAGAACAAGCAAACAAGGUCAUACACAGUAAAUCAAGAGAACUGCCAUAGAAGGUAUGGUAUUCCUGUACUGAAAGAGUUGUUUUGUAGGUUUGUGUACAAUAUCACAUACCUUGUCAUCCUCUCGAGUGUGUCUCAGGUGGCACAGUAAUACAAAUAUUAACAUGGAAAAAGGGCUGCACUUGCCCAAUACAGAAAUGGCUGGACAGCUUUUUAGUAUGUCUAACAUGGGACCUGUCUUUAAAAUGGCCACAUGAACAACACUACAGCACCCAAACAGACAAAAUGCCUCACAAGCAGCACCAACCACAUACCAAAACAGUAGCAAUUAUGUAUCACUUGGAAAUCCUGAAGAAGGAUGAAAUAAAAGCCUUUACCCACAUGAAGUCUGGAAAGCUGUGGAAAAUUUUUGACAGGCAGGUGAUAGUUUGGAGAAGCACAAAUAACUUUACACAGAUAGCAGCAAACUCUGUAACAGCUGUGCAGCACAUUUAUCCAUGAAUACAGGAUCAUUCUGGCAACAUGGACCCUUAAAGCAUCAAAGUAGUUCAUUAGAUGGCCAUUGAGAGUGCUGAGCCCUAACUCCAAUGUACUGAGAUAAUGCUACUCAUGCUUUUCCAGCUCCUAUGCUUGGCAAGCAGCUAUGAAAGAAAAGGCACCCAUACUCAAAGCUUUGAGCACUGCUCUCCUGAGAGUGGCUUACUGCUAGAAGGAGUGUUUUCUCUAGCAUUUACCCCCUCUCAUAAUUUUUCCAUGCUGCUUGAUGUAAGCUUUCCUUGAAUUGCUACAGUUGACACGAUGUGCUCCCUCAAGUCCCACAGACCUGGAAAAGU